GCAUUCCGGGCCAAGACCUGCAGACCUGCAUGCCUAGGCUUCAUGUACUGUUGCGUGCGGGAUUUAAAUGAGGCUGCAGCAGUGCAGAGUGAGGCUGUGCGACGAGUGGCUGCAGAGAGUCGGCCACUAUGCUCUCGAGAUGCAGGUGGUGCCUGGGCGUCUAAAGGCGUUUCAUCAGGCAAGAAUCCAGAGCCUGGUCCCCGGCGCCAAACAACCACGACCACGACCACGACCACACUUCAUCUGGACCACACUUCAUUUGGACCACACUUCAUCUAGUCGCCAGUUUGUGCGAUAUCCCGUUUUGUCCAACACAGCAGAUAAACCAAGGCGGCGCGUGCUGAAGUAAACACGCCAUGGGCUCCCUUGGUCCAGCCGCUGUCUGGUCGCCGCCGCCGCUGGACGCGCUCAGCUUCCCCGCAGACUGCAGCGUCGCAGCUGACUUUCUCACAACGUGGUUCGACAUCUCAACCAUCUUUAACUUGAACGACCGCCCAGGAAGCAACCGCGAUGUCUCGUUCUGGGUUCCCGACACGCUGAAGACAAACACGACCGAGAUCUACUUCCGAUCGGCCCUGGCCCCUGAGAUGCGCGAUGUACCGACAUAUGGCGACAUUCUCCAGUGGGAACGCCUGCUGCGACUGAACGCGUCCGACAGACUCAACCACCUGGCAGACGUGGCCAACGCAAAUGAGACGGGACAGACAUACUUCUCGCUGGCGGUGGACAAGCCGGCGCGCGCGUGUCGCAACACAGCGUGCCGUCUCAGCUUCAACCCGCUACCGCUGGCGAGCAUCAACGGCCCGGGCAUGUUCAUCUUCUACUACGUCCAAUGCGCCAUUGCCACCUUCUGCGCUCUCGUCAUCGUUAUCGGUGCGCUGGUGCUCGACGACCAGGGCCAGGCGAACCCGCGAAAACAGCUGUCGGGCACGCGCCGCCUCUUCACCAUCAUCUUCACGGCCGUCAACGACCGGUACGACGGCCUCUCCGUCGCAGCUUCGACGUUUUCGUUGAUCCUGCCGGCGGCCAUCAUCGUGCAGUUUCAGGUUGCCUCUCGCCCGAAGAUCUUCUCGUACAAAGACCUGCUGCUCGAGCUGUGGGUGACCGUCUUCACCACCACCUUCUCCGUCUGGUUGUACCGCAUGGGCGCCUGCUUGCGACGGCAGAACAAGGCGACACCCAUCGCCUGUCCGCUCUGCGGGAACCGCAGCACUCCCCUACCCUUGACGGCGCCCAGCUCCAAGCCGACAAUCCCAGCCGCCAUCAUCAUCUCCAUCGCCUCGCUGGGUCUCGUGGCCGUCACGGUUUUCUACGUGCGCGUCAACAUGUCGCGCGAGUACUACCAGCCCUUCCACUUCGAGUCCUUCUGGGACGACGUGUGCGAAUUCGAGUACCGCCAGACCGUCACGCUGCUGAUCGUCGCCGGCGCCGUGCUGCUCAUCUACUGCCUGCUGCGCCUCGGCAGCCGCCUGAUCCCGCGCUGGUAUGCCGCGCGCGACGGCCGCGCCCGCAACACGGCCAGCGUCCUCGGCAUCGUCGACGUCGUCGUGCUCGGCCUCAUGUCGUGGGGCUUCCUGUACUGCUAUACGCGAUACCGCGAGCAGCUGCUGUCCCUGAGCGGGCAACAGUACAGCUUGUUUGGCGGCUGGAACCUGGGCCAGGUGUUUGCCAUUUCGAGCUUGUUGUCGCUGCCGCUGAUGUUUUCCAUGAGUGCCUUCCGGGCGCGGAAGACGGGCGACGAGGCUGCUAGCACCCGGCUGCAGUCGGAAGAGUCCUUGCCCCUGACGGGCUUCGGUCACGGCCACUACCAGCCUCGCCCGCCGCCGCCGCCCGGACGGCACGACUUCCGUGACUCGUCGACAUCGUUUGACAGCUCCAAAUGGCAGGGUACCACCAGGGUCUAUGAGUAUCCAAGGUGAGGCGAGUAAAAAAGCGAACACGAGUCAUGGCUGUAUUUGACGUGAACCGGCCGAACCACACACGAAGAGUGAACGAACGACGGGCGUCUUGCUUCGAUGGAUAUUGACUGUUUCCUUCAUCAUGCAUCUGUUUGUGGAAUAUCUAAAAAAUUGGCUUCCAAUCUGCGAGCUUGGUCCGUUCUACUCGUCGAGUAAUGCAUCAUGUUUUCU